AUGCAGAAACGUGAUACGUACGAUGCCGCAGUUGCUCGAACCUGUCAUCAAGCAACGCUGCUGCUAUUGCUGCGAAAAUUUACGGCGCCCCCCCUCGAAUCCUUACAACUUCUCCGCGCCCCAACAUUGCCUGCUUCACACGGGACUUGCCGACAUCCAUGGAUGCUGGUCCCCUAA